AGAUGGUCACUUUAUGGCCUUGUAUGUUCUAAACAGUGUAACGAAUAGUAUGUUCAUGCGUGUUUUCGAGUUAUUUGUGAUGAACUACAAGUCCCGGCACUACUCGUUAUCCAAUCGUGUAUCUAGAGCCACGUCAGCCUACGUCACUACCGCGCCUGCGCUGCUUCCUCGAGCCUUUACCAAGCAACGGACAAAUAGAAGGCAGAAAACGGAGUAGAAAAUCCUUCAAAGCAAAAGCAAAGGCAGAUAUGUUCGUAUGAGUGCGGAAUAUAUGAAGGAUUCUAAAGUCUAGACUGAGAAGCGUCGGCUGAGCGGUCACAGACACGGUUGUACCCGGACCUACGAGUCAUCUCUCUGCCGGAGUAGGAAGGAAGAGUCGAGUCGCCGACGGAAAACACACAUCCACAGAGAAAACCAUGAACCCCGAAUAUGACUACCUUUUCAAACUCCUGUUGAUUGGAGACUCUGGAGUUGGGAAAUCGUGUCUUUUGCUCCGUUUUGCAGAUGACACCUACACAGAGAGCUACAUCAGCACCAUCGGGGUGGACUUCAAGAUCCGUACCAUUGAGCUGGAUGGCAAGACCAUCAAACUGCAGAUUUGGGACACUGCAGGGCAGGAAAGAUUCCGAACCAUCACCUCCAGUUACUAUCGUGGAGCCCAUGGCAUCAUUGUUGUCUAUGAUGUGACAGAUCAGGAGUCAUACAACAAUGUUAAGCAGUGGCUUCAGGAAAUUGACCGCUAUGCCAGUGAAAACGUCAACAAACUGCUGGUGGGCAACAAAUGUGACCUGACCACCAAGAAAGUGGUGGACUACACUACAGCCAAGGAGUUUGCUGACUCUCUGGCCAUCCCCUUCCUGGAGACCAGUGCCAAAAACGCCACCAAUGUAGAGCAGGCCUUCAUGACCAUGGCAGCGGAGAUCAAGAAACGAAUGGGGCCCGGGGCCACCGCCGGUGGUGACAAGCCCAACCUGAAAAUUGACAGCACCCCUGUCAGGCAGUCAGGAGGCGGCUGCUGCUAAAGAACACCCCUGGCUUCACCGUCGUCUCUUCCGGCCCCCUCUUUACCCUCCUCGCUCCCUCCUUAGAGUAACUCUCACAUCCCUUCCCAGCUUUCCAAAUUCCACUCUACAAUACAGUCUGGAUCAUCCUGUGCAACUGCCCCGACUCAGAAGAAGAGUGUAGGUGUCUAAGAGGAGACACAGUUUCAAGGGACUCGCACGAAGAGGAAAAUCAUCAACUAAAACUAAAACAGACCACUGUCCAUGUGUAAGGAAGGUUACCAUAGGUUGGAGAUGGACCAGUGCGCUUGUCUCUGCAUUCACACGGUAGCAAGGUGGCAGGGGUCAAAGCCGUCCACUACUCCAGACCUUGUUUUUGUCCAAUCUCGUGUCUUCAGUCAUGCUGCAGAAGGAAAUGUUUGUGCAUAUCAACAUCAUGACUCGUUGCUGAAGGAGGCCCUUCAGUGAGUCACUUUUCUUCUCUCUAUCGGUCAGGGGGUUGGCAGACAGGUUCAGUUGUGGAACCUGAAUUACAAGUUCAUUUGUGUGUGGUCGCUCCAGUGCAGACCUGAGUUGUCACUAGAGGACAAAGCUGGAAGUCCGUUGAUGGUUUGCACUUGAGUCAGACGCCUUUCUAGAGAUACUGCACACAUUUCCUCUUACAUAUUUUCAUUCAGUUCUUUUUGCACGUUGUUUUGUUUAUGAGCUUCUUCCAUGAGGUCCAACUGGCAAGUGCUCGCCCCCUUUUUUUUGAUUGAUCACAGGUCAUGUGUGGUCGCAGCAGUCACGUUGGGGAGAGACUGAUAGUGGUCCUGGUUACAGAUGCGAAGCGGUUUUCUUUUUCCACCUUCGACUGGUGCUCGGAUCUUACACUCCAGUCUGCAAACAUUUAGACUUGACACUGAUGCCUUAAACUGGCAACGUGACUGGACGAAGAUGAAACACUCACCCUGCCUUCAAAAUCCUGCCACUUCAAAACAAAGUCAGUUCUGUCAGGCAGGGACCCGACAACUGUGUGAGCAAGCCUGUUCGCGUUCUCUGCCGCAGUGGCAUUGUGAUUUUCCUGUCAAAAGAGGUAUCGCGUCUUCUUUAAACCAUUGCUGACAAGUGUGAAAAUAUUGCACUGUCGCUUGGCGUCAGUUCACGACAGAAUCUCUGGCCAUCCCUCUUUAGUCCUCGACGUUUUGUUCUCAUCGGUUGUUUCCAUAUUUAGCACUGGAUAUAAAAAGUGCAUGUCGAAGCUGUUUUGAAGACCAGCAUGUGUCUGCUGGCUGAAGGGGUGUAUUCUGGGUAGAUCUGCUGUCCUCUCCUUCUAGAUGUUGGUUUGUGAGAGUCUACAUCGUAGAACUUGGAUUAACUCUGCUGGUUAAAGGUCUUACGAAUGUCUUGAUGCCUUGAUCUCCAAUUCUGUGUUUAUGGAUAUUGAUGAUGGAAAUUUAAAAGUCAGUCUUUACUCUCUCAUGGAUGACAAAGCUCCUCCUCCCAUGUGACCACAGUCACUCUUGUAUCGCGGUCAUUUAGAUAAUCCCACGCUAGUCACCUUGGACAGGCCGUAACCAGGUGGUCAUCUUGUCUCACACUAAGCUAAUGCUUUUAGGCUCUUGGUAGAGUCUCUCACAGGUGGAAACGCUCAUCUGCAAGGGCUGCGUUCACCUUGACGACCCCUCAUGACCUUUGCUGAAAUCAUAAUGAACAUUGGUGUGUUCCCAUGGAAGAGCACGUGUGUGAGUUCUCUCUUUAGUGGGAAGGUUUGUUGGAAGUGUGUGUGGAGCUACUUAGGAGGCUUGGUAGAUGCUGAUGUGUUUUCGUAGGAGCAUUUAUAGUAAAACUAGGUGCGUAGUUUCAUGUCCACCUCUUUUUAACAAUGAAACAACGAAUUGUCCAACUUCAAAUUGUGAACAUUUACUGCUCAGUCUUUUAAGAAAAAAUGGACUCAUGAAUGCGUCUGUAAUUUUAGAAUGGUUUCAGUAUGCCCCUGCCCAAACUGGUGAUCGUGAAUAUGGCCUUGCUGGAGCCCUUAAAUCAGGAGAAUGUUGGAUGUUUUUCUGCCUUGAUUUUACUCCUUCUUUUUUGAACUCUUCACUUGGGAGAUUAGGGCGGGCGUAAACAGCUCUGAGUCUGGUGUGAGGGCUUUAGCUCCAGGUUCGGGUGCAGUGGGAUCAGUAUGGUAUGUGGUGUUGGACAUUCCUGCACCUCUGAGUUUCACCUCCCGACAGAAGGAAUCUGGAGUGAUUGUGUGGGAAAUGUCAAGAACUUGGAGCCAGAUUUUACUACUAUGAACUGGAGCUGUGCUUUAUCUGUGGUUAAGUCUUCUCUGCUCCUUUGUGUUUUAGUUUCGGCACUUGUGUUGAACUCUGGCGCGUGCAGUUUCAGGGACUGACUGGUCUGGGUUUGCUGACCGGGUAUGAAUUCCCCGCUUGCUGCUCCAGCCACUCUAUUGAAAACCUCAGUAUUCUUCAGCAGAGGCCUCCAGCAGAGCAAGGAGAAGUGUUGACCACUGCUCACGUUGCUCACAAAUAUGUUUUUUUCAGCAGUAAAUUCCGCUCAUGUAGAAGGAAGGAGGGAAACAGCCGGAAAUGCGCUCUUGCCUUGGUGUGUCCUGAGCUGUUUCGGACACAUGGUGGCAUCCCAGCGUCGCUCCUGCCUAGCUUGAGUUGAUGCAAACCAAGUGGUCUUUCACACACUCAUUGUGGAUGUUCAACACGCUUCUCAGUUUUUCUUUUGGCUUGCUAUUUGAUUGUAUGGCCUCUGGGUGUGAAAGUGGGCGGGCCUAAUAACAAUUUAGGACGGGUCUAUUUUUUCUUUGCUUCUGAAAGAGUUGAAAUAAUGUGUGAUUAUUUCUAUUAUUCUGAUUUGUGUUGAUUUUAGGGUGGAGGAGUUCCAUGUGGUUUGCACACUUCCUCGGUGUUUGUCUCUCACAGCACUGGACGGGACGACACUCUUCUGUCACUCACUCUUGUCUUUUCUUUUCUGCUUGUUCACUUUGGUGCUGUCUCCCUGCUGAGUUUGAUCAUUGUUUUUUUCUGUACAUAUUAUAAAUAUAUAUAUAAUAAAACAAUGAAAAAU